AUGGCCAGCUCUUCCCAUCAAACACUAGCGGCCAGAAGACUAGAAGGUAAGGUGGCGAUAAUAACCGGUGGUGCCAGCGGUAUCGGUGCAACCACAGCAAGGCUGUUUGCUCAACAUGGUGCUAAGAUCGUGAUUGCAGAUAUCCAGGAUGACCUCGGAGCCUCCGUAGCCAAAGAUAUUGGCUCCGAGGAAGCAACCUUCGUCCAUUGCAAUGUUACCAUAGAAUCUGACGUCCAAAACGCAGUGGAUACGACAAUUGCAAAAUAUGGUAAGCUUGACAUCAUGUUCAGCAACGCUGGAACCAUGGGGAAGCCAAUCGCCAGCAUUCUGGAGAUAGAUCACGAAACGAUAAACUCGGUUUUCGAGGUUAAUGUCUAUGGCUCAUUCUUCUGCGGCAAACAUGCUGCAAGAGUGAUGAUUCCGGCAAAGAAAGGGAACAUUAUUUUCAAUGCAAGUGCUGCCACGGUGACGUUCGGGGACAUCGCACACCCCUAUUCGUCGUCGAAGAACGCAAUUCUCGGGCUCACGAAGAGAUUGGGUGUCGAGCUCGGGCGAUAUGGGAUCAGAGUUAACUGCAUUUCUCCAUAUGCACUGGCAACCCCAUUGGGGUUGAAUACAAUGGGCAUAGAUAAGGAACUGGGAGAAAAGUUGUUUCAGCAGGCAGCAAAUUUGAAACGGAUAGUGCUGCGUGAAGAGGAUUGUGCAGAGGCAGUGCUAUAUUUGGCAAGUGAAGAGUCCAAGUAUGUGAGUGGGUUGAACCUGGUGCUCGAUGGGGGUUACAGCACAACCAACGAAGCUUUUACAGAGGCCAUGAAAAAACUGUUACUCUGA